CUCAUUUCUCCAGAAAAACCCCCUGCCAGCAAGCCAGCAAGCUGUGUUUUACUUGAAUCCAUGGUCCUCCCUCACCUCCAGCACCCUUCCUCCCAACCUGUAAUGCCCUGAUACCAAGGUGGUUUGGGGGCUCACAACAAGACACUGGGGAAGGCUGCAGCUUCUCCAGGACAACCCCAAGAGGCAGAGAACAACAACAACAACCACAACAACUUGGGGACCCUGGGGCUGGGCUCCCAGCCGGAGGUUUCCCUGUCAGCGGCUGCACAGGCAAUGUCUGCACACACUGAGGGGCACAGUCUGCUGAGCGGUGCCCAGGUUAUAGUCCAGGCACUGAGAGAGCAGAAUGUUCAGUACAUGUUUGGAGUGGUUGGUAUUCCAGUGAUCGAAAUAGCAAUGGCAGCUCAAGCUGUUGGAAUCAAGUACAUUGGAAUGAGAAACGAACAAGCUGCUUGCUACGCAGCAUCUGCAGUGGGGUAUUUAACAGGAAGGCCAGGAGUUUGUCUUGCAGUCUCUGGACCUGGUCUUAUUCAUGCACUGGGCGGAAUGGCAAAUGCAAACACAAACUGCUGGCCUGUACUUGUCCUGGCAGGAUCCUCUGACAGAAAUCAGGAAGCAAUGGGUGCUUUUCAGGAGUUUCCACAGAUUGAGGCCUGCAGACUAUACAGCAAGUUCUCAGCUAGACCCAACAGUCUGGAAGCCAUACCUGCUAUAAUAGAAAAGGCAGUCAGAACAAGUAUCUAUGGGCGUCCCGGAGCUUGCUAUGUUGAUAUACCUGGAGAUAUGGUGACCUCAAAGGUUCAGGAAUCAUUACUCAGGACUGUUCCAUGCUGUCUUCCUCCUCCUGUGGCCAUGGCAGACCCUCAAGUUGUAUCUCAAGCAGCUUUGAUCAUUAAAAAUGCCAGGAGACCUCUUGUUCUUAUUGGCAAAGGUGCAGCAUAUUCUCAUGCUGAAUACAGUAUUGGAAAGCUUGUGAAUCUGUAUGGACUGCCAUUUCUGCCCACUCCAAUGGGGAAAGGUGUGGUACCUGACAACCAUCCAAACUGUGUGUCUGCAGCUCGGUCCAGAGCCUUACUGUAUGCUGAUGUGAUUCUACUACUUGGAGCCAGAUUAAACUGGAUGUUGCAUUUUGGAAUGACACCACGGUUUCACCCUGAUGUGCAGAUCAUACAGGUUGAUCUUUGUGCUGAAGAACUAGGAAAUAAUGUGAAACCUGCUGCAGCCUUACUUGGUGAUGUGAACGCUGUCGUUGAACAGUUAUUGGACUGCCUCCGAGCUAACCCUUGGAGCUACCCAUCCAGCUCUGAAUGGUGGGUCUAUCUGAGGGAGAAGAUAAAAAGCAAUCAAGAAGUUUCCAAGGCCCUAGCUGCCCAGAAGACUUUGCCUAUGAAUUAUUAUACUGUUUUCCACAACAUUCAAGCAUUACUACCAGAAGACUGCAUUAUAGUCAGUGAAGGUGCCAAUACCAUGGACAUUGGACGCACCAUGCUACAGAACUACCUUCCACGCCACAGAUUGGAUGCUGGUACCUUUGGCACGAUGGGUGUAGGACUGGGCUUUGCCAUAGCUGCAGCAAUGAUUGCCAAGGAUCACUUGCCACAGCAGCGGGUUAUCUGUGUGGAAGGGGACAGUGCUUUUGGUUUUUCUGGUAUGGAAGUGGAAACCAUAUGUAGGUACAAUUUGACAAUAAUAGUCAUUGUAGUAAACAAUAAUGGCAUUUACAGUGGAUUGGAUGAGGACACGUGGAAAGAGAUAUCAAAAUUGGGAGAGACUUCCAUUGUGGCCCCACCUAUCUCACUACUGCCUAACGCUCACUAUGAGCAGGUCAUGGGUGCAUUUGGUGGGAAAGGCUAUUUUGUGCAGACACCAGAAGAGCUCCAAAAGGCACUCAGCACCUGUCUGGCAGACCAGGAAGUACCAUCCCUUAUUAACGUAAUGAUUGAUCCGUCGUCUGACAGAAAAACACAAGAUUUUGUCUGGCUGACUCGCUCCAACUUGUAAAUUGGAUGACCUGCAGAGAAGUCAUUGUAGGCAAAGCACAAAUGACAAAACAAGCUGAGCUGCCUGCAUGGCCCACGCACAGUAAUGAGAAAUUCUCUUAUAAAUAGACUUUAAAACAUUGUUUUGUAAUUUCUUACAAGUAAAUUGCGAAUAUAAUAACGAAAACAACUUGGAAUAAUUUUGCUGGUGCUUGAUUUUUUUAAUUAUUCUGUUUUUAUUAUUCUUCAUAAACAUAAAAAUUAUUUUGUAUUGUUUAACCAGGGUUUGGCUGCUAUGGGAGAAUAAGCUCUGCUAAAACCACGUAGAACACUGCUAAAACACUAGAGGCCAUUGCACUUCCUUAGUAAUUUUCUUCAAUGUGCUGUGGGCAAUGAACAGUGGAUGAAUAAUGAGUGCAAAGCACAAUAAUAGCAAAUUUACGAUAAUUCUUUAAAGUACCACAAUUACUGCUAUUUAGUACAAUCGGAAUGAUCACAUGCAAUGUUUAUACAGGUAGAACCAGUCCUGGUUCAUUGAGUUUUGUGAGUUUUUUGUUAAAACUUGACUUUGAUGUUAAAGGCUUAAUUGGCUCCAAUGCAACAUACAGAGCAAGCUUUCUUUAAUAUAAAAAAGCCUAGUGUAAUUUGAAACAUUGUAUUCAAGUACAAAUAAAAUGAUUAUUUUUAAC